CAUUUAUAUAUCUAUCACUAGAGGAGCAUCUCCUGCAGCCAAUCACCCAUCAUCACCUUGACUCAUACUUCUUUUGUGUGUGACUUAGGAACACUCUUCAUAUCAGUUGUGGAUCAAAAAUACAUCUCUUCGCGUAGACUUUUCGUCUCUUUUGCAUAUUUAUUUUGGACCAUUUUUUCUCCUCUUAGUUUUAUUUUUUCACGUUAAGAUAGGAAAAGAAAAAAUGCCGAGAGAGUCUUCGCAGAGAUGUAGAGAAUGUAUAAAACGUGUGAUAAAAUAUAACGUGUAUUAAGGCCCAGACACCGCAAAGGAGCAAGUGUGACGAGAAAAGCGCGCGACCGUGAGGAAAAAGUAUAGUUAUUAAAUUUCUAGCCAAGAAAUCAUUCAAUCUAUUUCGGUGGACCCACGGAAGGCAGUGUCUGGUGUGGAAAAAAAGACGGCCCCAGAGGAAAUUCUGUGACUGUGGUGUUAAACCAGAGAAAAUCCCACUGGAAAUGUAUGAGAGGCGCAGCGAUCUGUGGUGGGCGCGAAGAGGAUGGCAAGAUCCUCAUCUCAGAGACACAAUAAACACAUUAGGAAAUCCUCAGGCGAGUGUGUGAGGAGAGUUUCCAAUUGAAUGGCGUAUCGUCACGAGCACGAGGGCGCCGUGAUUGGGAAAUAAUGAAAAACACUCCGGUGACAUCAGAAAGUGGAUAAUAGGACGACGAGUGCAAGAAGCAUCGUGGAAAGUUGAAUUGCAGUGUGAGUGUUGUGUGACAAUAAAAACCAUGAGCUCAGUUUCGAGUGGUGCAAUGGAAUAGCGCAAGAAGUGGAGGGACAAAGCAAGUGGUGACUCUUGACGAGGUGGGCGAGUUGGGGGUGAAAUGAAGAGAUUGUGUCGCCUAAGCGUGGCCCGAGUUCCGCAUUGUGUGCGCGGUGGAUGAAAGGCGAUACGCGAUGUCUUCGCCAGCGUGAUGGCCUUUCGACGACCAUGUAGCCAUUAUUGCUGAUAAAUUAAAUAUAAAUUGAAUUUGUCCAAUAACACUCGUGCAGAGAGGAACUGCCAGCGACCCGUGAGACACACACUCUCUCUCUCUAUUCGCCGUGCACGCGAAUGUGUGACAAGGACUGAAGCAUGAAGAAGAAAAAAUGUGAAAAUCUGCAGACUUGCACACGCCGAUCCUAUUGACCGGUUGUCAGCAAUUGCGUGGCAUAUUGCUGAGGUGCGAUCCCUCUCUUCCUCCCUCACUUCCAUCCACACCUCUCUUCCCCGCCUGGGAAGCCUUCCGCCCUCCUGUCUCGCUUUCCGUGCGUGAAGUGUCCGUGAGCUCGUCAACAUGACGAUGUGGCAGAGUGGUGGCAUGGGUCACGGAACCCAGAACAAUCCGUGGAUGAAAUUGAUGGGAAUUGUAUCGCACAAGGAGAGGCGACACGACAAUGCACAGAGCCAAAGUGGAUCCAACGAACGCACCCUCAACCAGUCUCUACCCAAAUUGAGCAGUCAGGAUGAAGAAGGGGGGGCUGGACAUGGGUUUGGGGGAGCUCAUGCCCAUUUUGAACCAAUACCGCACGAUCACGACUUCUGCGAAAGAGUUGUAAUAAAUGUGAGUGGCUUAAGAUUUGAGACUCAGCUUCGGACACUAAACCAAUUUCCGGAUACUCUGCUGGGGGAUCCAGCGCGAAGAUUACGAUACUUUGAUCCUCUGCGAAAUGAAUAUUUUUUCGACCGGAAUCGACCGAGUUUCGAUGCAAUCCUGUAUUACUAUCAGAGCGGUAGUGGUCGCUUACGAAGGCCGGUGAACGUACCUUUAGAUGUAUUUAGUGAAGAAAUUAAAUUUUACGAAUUGGGCGAACAGGCCACAAAUAAAUUCAGAGAGGAUGAAGGCUUUAUUAAGGAAGAGGAGAAACCUUUGCCGACGAAUGAGAACCAAAGAAAAGUCUGGCUAUUAUUUGAGUAUCCGGAAAGUUCGCAGGCAGCCAGGGUUGUAGCCAUAAUUAGUGUAUUUGUUAUACUUCUAUCAAUUGUUAUAUUUUGUCUAGAAACUCUACCCGAAUUUAAACAUUACAAGGUGUUCAAUACAACAACAAAUGGCACAAAAAUUGAGGAGGAUGAGGUACCUGACAUCACAGAUCCUUUCUUCCUCAUAGAAACAAUAUGUAUUAUAUGGUUUACAUUCGAACUUAGCGUGAGAUUUCUUGCUUGUCCGAAUAAGUUAAAUUUCUUCAGGGAUGUUAUGAAUAUAAUCGACAUAAUCGCAAUCAUUCCUUAUUUCAUUACAUUGGCGACGGUAGUUGCCGAAGAGGAGGACACGAUGAACCUCCCGCGGGCCCCUGUUAGUCCACAGGACAAGUCAACGAAUCAGGCUAUGUCCUUGGCAAUACUCCGAGUGAUACGUUUAGUUCGAGUGUUUCGAAUAUUUAAGUUAUCUAGGCAUUCAAAAGGAUUACAAAUUUUAGGAAGAACAUUGAAAGCGUCAAUGCGAGAAUUAGGCUUACUUAUAUUUUUCUUAUUCAUAGGCGUUGUACUCUUCUCAUCGGCGGUAUAUUUUGCGGAAGCUGGAAGCGAAAAUUCCUUCUUCAAGUCUAUACCAGAUGCAUUUUGGUGGGCUGUGGUUACCAUGACUACAGUAGGAUAUGGUGACAUGACACCUGUCGGUGUGUGGGGUAAAAUUGUGGGAUCAUUAUGUGCCAUUGCUGGUGUAUUGACUAUUGCACUUCCGGUACCAGUUAUUGUCAGCAACUUCAAUUACUUUUACCAUAGAGAAACGGAUCAAGAGGAGAUGCAGAGCCAAAACUUUAAUCACGUUACUAGCUGUCCAUAUUUACCUGGAACUUUGGGACAACACCUGAAGAAAUCGUCACUGUCUGAAUCCUCAUCGGAUAUGAUGGAUUUGGAGGAUGGCGUCGAAACCACGCCAGGCUUACUGGCUGAUCCGCAGGCGCGAUUAGCUCCGUUUUUGGGGGCGCACACGAUCACGGAGAAGCAGCAGCAGCAGCAACAGCAGCAGCAGAACUGCUGCAAGCAGCCAGCGACUGGGCAACGUCACAAUAGCGCACUUGCUGUUAGUAUCGAAACCGAUGUCUGACUACUGGUGAAAAAGACAGUUCGUGCCAUUUUCUGGCCAUGUGAAGUAUUUGGUUGGCUGCCCGAGUCACCGAAAGCAGUCUAAGAACGUCUCACAAGAAUACCUACUCGUUCUCAUAAUUAUCAUCAUAGGCAAAAAUAAAAGAGAAUUACAUAAAACAGCAUUGGAGAUGGAAGAAGAAUCGAGGACACUACAAAUGUGAAAUAAAUAAUAGGCAAGAAAAUAUUUAAUUAUAAAAGAAAAAAAACAUAGAUAAAUUAAUUCAGUGAAAGUAAAACUUUCAAAGAAUGCCUCAUGCAUUCGUCUCUAAUUCAUGAUAAAGAAGAAGAUGAAAAAAAAUGAAGAUAUCAGUGAGGAAAAGUAUGAGAAAAUUACAAAAAAAAAAUUUAAUAUUAUGGAUUGUUGUGAAGCCAAAAGAUGUUAUUAGAGAAAAAUGUUGUAUUCUUUGUGUUCCUAAAAAGAUAUCCCCUUUAUGAUGUCCUGUUUAAGUGAAUGAAGAAAUAAAUAAAAUAAAUAAUUUUUGUAUAGAGAAAAGGGUGUAACAAGAGCAACAAAAAAAACGUUUUAGGCAGAGAUAGUCAAUGAAAAAAAAAAUACUACAAAACUUAUUGUUUCCAUCUUUAUUCUCAGUUUGAAUGUUGGAUAUUUUUUCUUUGAAUAAUUUCAUAAGUUCACGUUUAGGAUGUUUACAUAGUAAAAUGCGUUUGUUGGAUUUCCCUACAAGUCUUCAUAAGUUUAAAGAAUAUUCUAUAUUUAUUUUAGAAAUAUAUAAUUUCCAUCACCAAAAACGGCCGACACAUAUGAUGAAUAAAUUUUGAAUUUUAAAAUUCAUAUCCGGUGCAUAAAAAAACUGCCGAAGUAAAUAUUAAGAAUAGAGAGAAGAGAAGAGCUAGAAGUGGAAGAUAAACUCACGAAAAAAAAACAUAACUAAGUAAAUUUAUAUUGACAUGAUGGAAGAAAAGAACAACAGAAGGUGAAAAUUCAUCAAAUAGGAAACAAAAAGUGAAAGAGAAAUGUCUUUCAAGAAGUGCGUAUAAAUAGCAGAAAAAAAGCUAAUUGAAUUCUAUAUAAUUUUUUUAAGGGAAUUUAACAAAUUUUAAGACAUAAGAAUUGUAUAAAAUAUCACAAAAUUCCAAAUUACAAUGAUAAAGAGAAAAAAAAAACAUGAAAGAAAAACUAAUAAAUAUACAAUUUGAGGUGGAGUAUAAAAUGCUGAAUAAUGUGAGGAAUAAAACCAAGAAAUAAAGAGAAAAGAACUUGAAAUCGUGAUGCUAAAUUUUUAAUAAAUUAAAUAAUUUAUUAGAAUGCUUAAUAAUCUUAUUACAGAAAAGUGAACAAGAGUUGGGAGAGAGAGAAUAAAAAUUAUUAAAUUAUACGAUUAUUGAAAGAAAUUUAUAAGGAAAAAAAUGAUACAAAUGAAAUAACAAGUAUUAUUAAACAAAAAAAAAUUGUAAAGAAAAUAUCGAAUACUAAAAAAAAACUUAUUAACAAUUAAAGAAACAUCAAUGCGCUGAAUAUCUUCUAAAAAAAGCAAAGCAUUCACGUAAUUUAAUAAUAAAAAAAAAGAGAAUUUGAAUUGUGAAGGAUGUUGAAAUCAUUAAAUAUGGAUUAAUCAAUUACAAAUCGAGUUAACGAACACCAUUUAAAUGAGAGCAAAAUCAUAUGAGAGAUGAAAUUACCAGAAAGAUUUCUUUUUAUGUCUUGUUUUUGUGAAAUAUUUCCUUUUCAUUUGCGAGAAAAGUGACUUUUGAGGGCUUUCGGAGCAGUAAAAAUUUUGUAUCAAUUCAUUUUUGGGGACAUUUGAACAAAGAGAAGCAAUUUUAUUUGGACAAAAUUCAAAUAAUAGCGAAAUUGAAGGAGGUAAUAAAGCUGAAAGACUCAAACAUAUGCAUAUCAUAAUGGAAAAGAAACCAAAUUAUUUAAAGUAAAAUGAGUAAAGGCUACUUAUUUACGCUGGACAAUUUAAUGUAACAAUUAGAGGGUGUAUUUAGUAAGCAUGUCAUCAUAUUUAUUCGUUUCCACGUUCGUUUCCCAGGCACGCAAAAAAGAUAAAACCAAAAAAAGUUUGGCGCCCCUCAGAGUGAAAAAGUACACCGCGUUAGAAGUAUUCUUACCUUCUGAGUUAGAUUAUUGGUAAAAAUUCGCCUCUUUUUUUUGCUUCUUUUUUUCGCAGAGUGAAAAACAAAAGGAUUUUCUUUCGGGGAAAAAUUUUCCACAAAAUAUACGCCAAUAGCAGAGUUACGCCCCCCUCGAGAGCAAAUAAAAUCGAUAUUGAGAGCACUUUGAGCCGAAAGUUUUCUGUUCAAUCCUCCCAGAAUAGACCCAUUCAUCAAUACUGAAUGAGUUCGAGUGAGAUGCCUAUUUUUAGAAAUCAUUUUCAUUAAUAUAAGAUUAGGAGAGACGAGAAAAAUAAAUUAAUAUGCUUCUAAUAUGUUUGAGACAUAUCAUUGCCAAAGAGAUGAAAAUGCUCACAAAUCGCUGAACAUGAAUUUCGAUAGAGAGAGAGUGAGAGAGAGAGAAUGAUCGAAAGAAAACCCUCGUGUGGAUAAUUAAUUUGCACCGCGAUGUUUUUUAUUAGUUCUUAAAAAGGAUGUUUUUUUUGGGAGAAAUUCCAUGAAUGAGUGUUGCGAAUUUCUCUCAGAGAAAACACCCUCGAAAUGGAUUUUCUUUAGUUGUUAAAACCAUAUGGAAAAGAUGCCAUUAGAAGACGGCAAAAGUGAAUGCAUGGAAGUUGCAAGAAAAGGGUGGAAAUUCUCUAUUCUGACACUCACAAUCGCUAAUCCAUUGCGGAAAAUAGACAAUUUUCUAUCCAUUUCUUGCAAUCUCGCCAAAGUGACUAAAAGUCAAUGGCAAGGAGGAGUUCGAGAAUGCAAAGAAUAAAGACAUUUUUUUUCGGGAAGAAGGCAAGAAAUUUUCACUAUUGACUUUUCUCUCAUCCGCCCCUCAAAAGAAUAAAGAAUAUUUAUUUAUGAUUUGUAUUCUUCCCUCUAAACUUUUUCCCCCCAAAACUGUAGAUAAAUAACUUCAAUUUAUCCCCCAUCGCUACUAUAGUCUAUGGAAAAAAAUGUGUAAAUAGAAGAGUUCUAUGUAAUUGAAGAGUAAAAAGUUUAAAAGCUCCCCAGAGAUUUCAUGAAGCUCCAGAAGAAAACACUGUGAAUGUUUAUUAAGUGUAAAUGAUUGUAAUGGAUCGCGAAGAAGGGCGUUAAUCUCAUUUUCCUCGAUCAUAUUUGUAAAUUUUUUCCUUUGAAAUCUUCCUCAUAGAUGAGAAAAUGACCCAUUUAAUAUAGAUAGACAAUGGAAGUGUAGAGAGAUAAAAGCUUCUCAAGAGAAAAUUCCCGCAAUGAAAAUCUAACAAGAGAAACUUACAAAUGUACUGGUCAGAGACAACAGCAGUAUGUUAAGUAAGAGUCAGUACAAAAUGUACAUAAAUAAAGUUGCUAUAUAGAUAGCAAGGCUAUUGAGAGAGGAGUCAAAGCUCGAGAGUUUUGAAAGCUCAAAACUAUGGCGCUGAAGAACUGCAAGUGAGAAAGGGUGUGAAGAAAACCAAAUACCAUGUCUUAUGAAUACAAAUUAAAUUAUUAAGAUUAAUUAGUUAAGAGACAAUUCCUUUACCAUACAUUUUAUUCCUCAUAUUUUUGCCCUAAACGCAAUAUACAUACAUAUAAAUAUAUAUCAUUUUUUAGAAACUUCAUUCAACGUGUAAAUAGCAUCAGAAUCAGUCGAACUUUAUUAUUUACGCCAUCAUUUUCAUCGAGAUUCUUUUGACCAUUGCAUAAGGGUUGAAUUUUGGUUUUUCGUCCUCAGUUUAUGUCUUAAGCAGAUAAAUAAAAAAAAAAUAGUAAAAGUAAGAAAAGUGAAAAUAUGAAGAGAACAAAUCAGAGACAGAGAAUCCUGUUAUGUAAAAUAUGUGACAUAUUGUGAAAAGAGAACCGUCCGCAAGUCAUGCACUCUUUAUCUCUUAUUAUUGUCUUCUCAAGUAUAAUUUUCACUCUUUUGUAAACUUGUAUGUAUAAAGGCGCUCAGCUUCCACUUUCUUAAUCCUCAUUUGCCCUCCACUCACUUUGAGACUUCUUCCAAUAUAUACUUUUCAUUUAUCAGCCUCUUCUCAUUCUAAACUCUUCUGUUUUCCAAUUCUCUUGAAAAUAAAUAAUAAAAUUAGAAUGCAGAUAAUUCACACCACACACACACUGUAAAUAUUGAGAAAACAUAAAAUGAAAUCACAUUCAUAAAGUACAAUAUAAAGAGAGUGGAUAAAAGGAUAUCAGUUUCAUCGGGACUUGUUUUGUAACAUAAACUCCAAAUCAUUUUCUCCACCCGAUUUUCUCCCCCCCCCCCCUUCAAUUCGUGUAAAUAAUAACAAUUUUAUAUAGAACUCGGCCUCGAAAAAAGUUUUGCAGAUUUUAUUGAGAGAAAAAAAAGUAAGACAAAAGAAUAUAAAAAAUCGAAUUUUUCCUUAGCUUCUCAUUGCACCCAAAAAGAUUCAUUAUUAAAUAUCAAACAAAAUGCAAAACCAAAUAUUCAGAGAGAGAGAGAGAGAGAAAAAUAGCUGUAUAAAGAGGUGAAUAAAGAAAUAUUUUAUAAAUAAAUCUUACAUAAAAAAAAUUUAAAUGCUUUGCAAGAGAUUUAAGAAAAAAAGAAGAGAUUAACUAAACAGAUGAGAAAAGAUAUGAACUAUUCAUAUUGUUUAUUAAAGUAAACUUAUAAAUACCAUUUUACCAGACGAUAAAAUAUCAAGAAUACAAUUUUAACAUCCAGUUUAUUUACAACUGUUUAACAUCACUGAAUGAAAACAUCAAACCACACAUAAAAUUAUCACGAAGUAAGUUAAAGGCUUUUGUUAUAAAAAGUGCUUUAAUAUUGUAUAGGAAAAGAAGAAUGAUCAUAAGAGUAAUUCACAUUUUUUCACACAUUUUCUUUCCAUUUGUUUUCAAUUCUGAGUAAAGGAAAUAUAUAUAUAUAUAUAUUAUGAAUUUUAAAACAAGCAAAGAUACAAUUUCACUGACUAAAUGCUCCUGCCAUUUUAGAGAGUUAAUACUGAAAGAAAAAGAGUAAAGAGUUUAAUUUAAGAAACAAGGAGAAGAAAAUCAUCAGAAUAUGUUCAAAGUAAGACACGUAAAAACACUAGAUAAAUUCCAAUUUUUCAUAAUAGGUGAGAAACAAAUUUAAUUAAUCGGGCGGUAUAUUUUGUAAAGAAACAAAAAGGUGAGAGUGUCAUUGCAAAUGAGAAAUAACCAACAAGAGAAGAAGAUUUAAACUUAGCAAUGAUAGUAGUGAACGAAUACACUUGAGAGAAUUUCAUUUUUUCUACUUUGUAUUCAGAAAUGUAAACUAAAAAAAAAUGGAUAUUAAAAAAAUAAAGAAUAUUGAGAAAAAAAAUCAUUCUUAGUGAACACAGUAAAGGACAAAAAAUGCGCUAGCCUAGAAAAUUAUUCUGCAAUCUUGACUGCAAACCAAAUAAACGAAUAAUAGAAAAUUUACAAAUAUUAUUAUAUUUGAAAUAAUUAACAAGAGGAUGAAAAUCGUUUUCAAUUACCAUUAACAUCAUUAUGUAUAAAAAAAGAAGAAGAAUAAAGAAAAAGAAGAGGAAAAAAAGUGAGUCAAAUGAGAAAUCUUCCUUGCAGUAGAAUAGAUAAAUAAAAAAAAAGAGAGAGAAAAACCAGAAAUCUAAUAGUUAAAUAUUAAAAAUUAUUAAAAGGUGACGAAAAGCGACGAUUAAAGAGAGUAUUAGAAUACAAUAGAAAAUAAUUAAUUGCAAUUAUAAAUCUGUAUAAUGAUGCUAAAGUGAACAUGAGCAAGAACAAGUUAUCCGUAGGCGGAUCAAGAACUUCUUUUCCACAAAAAAAAAUACCAUCUUAAUCUAUUCCUCCUAUUCUUCCUUUUUCUUAAGAGAAAACAGCCCAAAAGCACAUACAGAGAAAACAUCUCAAUACACUUUUAGAGGUAUUUCAGAAGCAUCUUUGCCAGACAGAUUUUAGUGAGCAAAUAAAAGACAGUGUCACAGAGAUAAGAAAAAGAGGCCUGAGUAUAUUUUUAUUCUAUAAAAAGAUUCGUUUCAUUAUCGUUUAAUGUGAAAACUUGGUUUCUCAUCACAUUUGUUUCAUCAUAAGGACAAUUUUCCUCAGAGACAGAGCUUUUAUCAUUACAAAGAAUAUUAAAAAAGAAGAAAAAAUGAUGAAAAUAAGUGAAUAUGGAGCAACUUUAAAUAAUAAAUUUUGUCAUAAUCAAAAUGAAAUGAAAAGAAUAGAAAGAACUUUAAGGAUAAAACUAAGACAUAUUGCGCCAUUUUACGUCUAACUGAAAAAAAAAUUUGCAAAAUAUUCUAUCAAGUGACUAAGUAAAUGCGAACCAUUGAUGGAAAUUUUUACAUAAAAUCAACACAAAUUGUAAAACCAAUUUUUGCUAUUUUAUUGAAUGAAAGAAAAAAAGGAAACAAGAAAUCAUCCCACAUAACCAAUAACAAAGUAAAGGAAUCAAGAUGAAUUCAUUUAAUAAAAAUAUUUUUCCAAUACAGAUAAUGGAAAAAAAACGAUAUCUUACAGCAUAAUUAACGCGAUGAACCAGUGAAAGAGAUCGGAAAUUCUGUCAGGCAACACCGUGAAAAUGUGUUGCGCAGUAGUGAAAAGGAUGUACAAGAAUAGGAAAAAAAAACAAUUCAAACUUUUAUCCUCGAAUUGGCUAAGAAAUAAAAGUCAUACCCAAGAAGUCAACAGUACGAUUAUCCAAUGUUUUGCUUUUGGUUUUUCCAAAUUUGCGUUUCCUUUAACAAACGGAGAAGCAUCUAUUUUAUUGCGAGUAGUAAUAUUUUCGAAAAUUGGAUGUAGAAAUUAUAUUCAAUAGUGAACAUAUCGAAAAGGACAACAAUAUAAAAGAAAAAAUUAUAAAAUGAAGACAGUAAAAUAUCAAAUUGACACGCCAAAGAACUUAAUAUAAUAUGUUCAAAAAAGUGAACGAUUGAUAAAGACAAGAAAAAAAAAAUCGAACGAACCAAUUGAAAAAUAUUCCUUAAAAGAGCGAAUUUUAUGUUUAUUUCCUCCCAAAGCAUGUCUUUUAGCCAAUGAGACUCUCCUCUCUAAGAUAAAAGCAUGGAAAAAAAUAAAUUAUAGAAAAUUAUUGUAGAUAAUUCGAUGUUUCUCUCUAUAUAUACACAGAAUAGAAAGUACUGUUGUUGAAAAUCCUAAUAAUUUUAUCAUCAAGAUCAGAGCGAUGGUAUUAAGGAGCAGUCUUAAGAGAGCCACUUGUUACCCUCAUUUUAGACAUUUCUUUUAUGUUCCAAAUGAAAGAAAAAAAAAUUGAAACUCAUCAUCAGAUUGAAUAGGUUUUUGACUCAUUUCAUAACUUUCCGAAAUAAAUGAUCAUUUACGACUUCCUGACAACUGAAAAAGCAUCAUGUUUAUUCAAAAGAGAAUCUCUUAACUCUUCUUAACCACCUCAUCGUACACUCUUGCUGAAUAAGAAAAAAAAUGAAAAAUAAUAAGAAGAAAUGAAUGUAUAAUUAUAGGAUGAAGAUAUAAAAAAAAAUGACUUGUAAAUUGAUAACAGAUUUAAUAUUGUAACAAAAUAAAAAUCAGACUGACAUCCUAUAAACGAAAAAAUGUAUGAUUACAUUUGGUGUGUAAACCCAUUCAUGAAAAAUCAGCGGAAAAGGGAGCAUAAAAGGAGCGAGAAUGGCGAGAAGGAAGGCAGAAGUACGAAAAAAAACACAAGGUCGAGAAAGAGAACGUAUAAGACAAACCAAAAAAGAAAAUUAUGAUUACGUUGAAUGAAUGGUAUAGGAUAUGUACCUACUAUUAAAUAAUUUAAAAAAAUGAGAAUUAUUAUACGCAUAAAAUUAAAACAAAAGGAAAAAAAGGAUUCAUAAAUGAAAUCAUUGAUGAGAGAUGAAGAAGAAAAAAUGAACAAUGCGCCAGAUAUGCAAGAAAAAAAUAUAUUUAAAACCCAUAAAAAUAUUAUAAAAUAAAAAAAAACUUUAAAAAUAAUGACGUUGUUAAGAUUAUAAAAUGUUUUAUAACCGUUAAAUAGUCGCUGCGAAUAAAUCAAUCCACACAUUCCUCCAGAAAAAAUUACAAAAAGAAAA